ACCAAACCAAACAAAAGCUCAACUGAUAUAUUUUUGAAAUAAAUACUCUUAACGCUACUUCAUUUUAUUGUGAAGUGUUGAAAAAAACUAGUUAUAAUUUGUGAAAAUAAAAGCGUUUGUAGCUUUAUAUGCUCUUACAGCCAGUGCGCUUAAUAAUACUUCAAUGAACUUGGUGAAAUUUCCAAACGCAAGAACAACAAAAUCAGCAGCCAAAAAGCGAUACUUUUAGGCAAUCGUAAUCGAAGUUUUGCAUAGAAUUGAAAAUAGUUGUGGUAUUAAAGUCAAUUGAAAGUAGGACAAGGACAAAAUAUUUCCGUUUAAUGAAUUGAAAACCAAUGCUGAUUUUCAGCUGGCCAGUAAUAAUUGCUCAAAAAGGAUCAACGCACAUGCGGCGAAACUCUACAGGACACAAAGCAAUUCAAUUAAAAUAAAUCGAAGAGAAAUAAUUGAUGCAGACACAUUUUACGACACAAAGUUGAGUCGCAGAGUGCAACAGACGCCAAGCGCUUUUGCCAAUUUGCCAUUAUACAGCGGCAACAGCAGCUCAACUUGCAACAUCCACAAACACAAAAACAAAAGCAAAGAAGUGCACCGAAGCAUAAAGCAACGAGCCAGGGCGAGCGACGAGGAAGUGUUAAGUUUAUUCAGCAAAAGCUCCAACACAACCUACAGCCGCCACUGUGGCACUCAGUGGUCGCCUCAGUACCGCCAACCCUGCCGCAGCCAUGCCAGGGUCGUGCCAACGUCUCCGUUUACCCUCACUGGCGGCAGUGAUGCGCACAUCACGCGCCUCCACCACUGACUACUCCGCCUCGACGAUACGCAAGGAACAGCGACGUGUCGUCAUGAUGGGUGCGGCACGCGUCGGCAAAACUUGCAUCAUCUCACAGUUCCUCUAUGAUAAAUUUCAAACACGUUACAAACAGACGGUGGAGGAAUUGCAUCGAGGUGAAUAUGAGCUGCCCGAUGGCUCAGCGUUGACGUUGGACAUUUUAGAUACAUCCGGUUCGUAUGAGUUCCCAGCAAUGCGCACAUUAUCGAUAUCAACAGCGGGUGCUUUCAUUCUGGUCUAUGCGGUGGACGACAAGCAGUCAUGGUGCGAGGUGGAACGACUAAGAAAUCAGAUAAUUGCAGCGCGUGGCCUCAAAGUGCCCAUUGUCAUCGUUGGCAAUAAGGUGGACAUAAAUGAGGCUGAUCGGCAGGUGCAGCAUGAAGUCACCGAAAUGAUUGUGUGCGAAGAUUGGAAAUGUGGCUACAUCGAAUGUUCAGCGAAAGAGAAUGUGGGCAUUGUAGAGAUCUUUAAAGAGCUGCUGGUGCAAGCGGACAUACGUUACAAUCUGAGUCCGGCCGUGAGGCGGCGAAGACAGUCGCUACCCUCCUACAGCAGCGCGGGAGCGGGUGCGGCACGCGGCAGCAAGGGCCCAUCACAUAAAUACACAUUGAAACGUCACUCAUGCACCAUGACAUGAAGGGCAUGAACGGAUGUAAUGGAGCCAACAAAGGUGAUGAGAAUUCCUUGAACGCAUAAGGAGCUGCACUGAUUUUAUAUUUGAAAAAAAAAACAAAAACAUAAAAGGUAAAAGUACGUGUAAAGACAAGAACAAAAAAAAACAAAAAUAGAAACUGGUUGUUGCAUGUUUGUUUGCAUCAACAAUAUAGCUAAAGGUUGUGCCACAUACAUACAUAUGUAUGUAUGUUCGGGUAUUUUGUAAGCGGCGAGCUGUCAAUGAACAAAUGUCAUUUGCGAGUAUCUCAGGUGCCAAGGUUGCUGCUGCUGCUGCUAGCCACAGUGACAAAAGUCAAGCCAAGUUGGGCAUGGAAAUUAUAGAUGCCAUCUGCAGGGCUGUUGUCAACGUCUUUGAUUUUUUUCCAUCGCUGAUAUGCUUACGCACACUGACAAUAACGGUGAUAACGGUGCUGCUGUCAAUGUCACAGUGACAUUCAAUGCCAGCUGCAGCAACUAAAAGUAGCCGUUUCAAUCAAUGACGUUGUCAAUACGACGCGCAAACACAUAAAUGUUGGUGCCUCGGUCA